AGAAUAUCCAAUAUUCAUUAUCAGUUGAGUUAAGAUGGCAGCAACCAAAGUACCAGAGGUGGUGCUAGGCUCUUUCAAUGGCCAAUGUAUGCCUGUGCUCGGCUUUGGCACAGCAGCUGACAACUUAGACCCGAUUGCUUUGAAGACUGCGGUUCUUGAAGCCAUAAAGCUGGGUUACAGGCACUUCGACACAGCCCCCAUAUACACCUCAGAGCAGACUCUAGGUGAAGCAGUGGCUGAAGCUAUUAGCCUUGGCCUUGUUGCCUCUAGAGACCAAGUGUUUAUCACUUCAAAGCUGUGGUGUAAUGAUGCUCAUCCAGACUUGGUCAUUCCUGCUCUAAAGAAAUCACUUCAGUAAGUCUCAGACUUAGUAGCAUUGGAAGUUCAGUAAAUUUGUGGUGGAGCAAUCAGUUUGUAACUAUGUGCAUGUUUGCAGUAAUCUUCAAAUGGAGUACCUUGAUCUUUAUCUCAUUCACUGGCCCAUAAGUGGUAAGCCAGGGAAGUUAGUGUACCCGCUAACCGAAGAGGACCUUGUGGCAUUGGACUUGAAAGGAGUGUGGGCAGCCAUGGAAGAAUCACAGAGACUUGGCCUCACCAAGUCCAUAGGAGUGAGCAAUUUCUCUUCCAAAAAGACUGAAAAUCUGCUCUCUUUUGCAACUAUUCCUCCUCCUGUUAAUCAAGUAAUUAUCUAGUCCAUCUGCAUACAUAUGAAGCAGCAUUCACUCCCAACACCCAAAAAUCUAUAAAUCCACGAUCUCCUUAACUCACCAAAAAGAACCAGCUUUCAGCAAAACCAAUCGAGAUGGCAGCAACCCAAAUCCCAGAAGUGAUUCUUGAAUCCUCCAAUGGCCGCAGGACCAUGCCUGUGCUUAGCUUCGGCACAGCAGCCAACAAUUUAGAACCAGAGGUUUUGAAAGAAGCUGUUCUUGAGGCCAUCAAGCUUGGUUACCACCACUUCGACACGGCUUACGAGUACGGCUCAGAGCAGAGCCUAGGAGUAGCCAUAGCCAAAGCACUCGAACUCGGCCUUGUGGCUUCUCGGGACGAGCUCUUCAUCACUUCCAAGCUUUGGCCUAAUGAUGCUCACCCUGACCUGGUUAUUCCUGCUCUCAAGAAAUCGCUUCAGAAUCUUCAAUUGGAGUACCUUGAUCUGUAUCUGAUUCACUGGCCUAUCAGUGCCACGCCUGGGAAGUUGAGUCACGUACUAGAGGAGAAGGAUCAAAUGCCGAUGGACUUCAAGGGCGUUUGGGCAGACAUGGAGGAAGCUCAGAGACUUGGCCUCACCAAAUCCAUUGGAAUCAGCAAUUUCUCUACCAAAAAGACGCAGAAUUUGCUCUCCUUUGCUACUAUUCCUCCUUCAGUCAAUCAAGUUGAGAUGAGCCCAUUUUGGCAACAGAAGAAGCUCAGAGACUUCUGCAAGGCCAAUGGUAUAGUUGUGACUGCCUUCUCCCCAUUGGGUGCCAUAGGAACCAGUUGGGGCACCAACCAUGUUCUCGAAAGCAAAGUGCUUAAUGAAAUCGCCGAGGCUCAUGGAAAGACUGUUCCUCAGGUUUGUAUUAGAUGGGUUUAUCAGGUAGGGGCAACUCUUGCAGUGAAGAGCUACAACAAGGAGAGAUUGAAGCAGAAUGUGCAGGUGUUUGACUGGGAACUAUCAGAAGAGGACCUAGACAAGAUCAAUCAGAUCCCACAGCACAGGAUGAUGCUUAGAGAAGAGUAUGUUACCGCAAAUGGACCUUACAAGUCCCUUGAAGAACUCUGGGAUGGAGAACUUUAAGUACUCUGUGAGAAUAUGGUGUCGCUACAAGUAUAUUGUAAUGUGGUGUCGCUACAAGAAUAAUGUCACUGGCCAGGCUUCUUUAUUUAAUGUGCUUUUGUGGUAUGUG